ACGCCAGCGCGGAGUAUCGGUGGGGCGGCUGGGGACGCCGCAGCUGGGGCCAUUUGAAGGAAGCCUCUGGGACCCGAAGGGUGUUCGUCAGGCUGUACAGAGGGGAACCCCUUGGAGAGAAGGGGGCGGCCCCUGCCCGAUGGCAGCAGUAGUUCUAGGGGGAGACACCAUGGGUCCUGAACGUAUCUUCCCCAAUCAGACUGAGGAACUCGGGCCACACCAGGGCCCUACAGAAGGCACUGGGGAUUGGAGCAGUGAGGAACCAGAGGAAGAGCAAGAGGAAACGGGGGCAGGACCAGCUGGCUACUCCUACCAGCCCCUGAACCAAGAUCCUGAACAAGAGGAGGUGGAGCUGGCACCAGUGGGGGAUGGAGAAGAUGUAGUUGGUGAUAUCCAGGAUCGGAUCCAGGCCCUGGGGCUUCAUUUGCCAGACCCACCGUUAGAAAGCGAGGAUGAAGAUGAGGAGGGAGCUACAGCAUCGAGCAACCACGGCUCUAUUCCCAUGGACCCAGAACACGUGGAGCUGGUGAAAAGGACGAUGGCUGGUGUAAGCCUGCCUGCGCCAGGGGUUCCUGCCUGGGCUCGGGAGAUAUCAGAUGCCCAGUGGGAAGAUGUGGUACAGAAGGCCCUCCAAGCCCGGCAGGCUGCCCCUUCCUGGAAGUGAUCACCCUGAGAGGUGCCUUAUCUCCCUGCAUUCCAGGCCAGAACCAGCACAGGACUGAACACAUCCUGGUUGUAAUGGCCAUCUCCAUCCUCCCCGUCUCCCUUCCACGUCAAGGCAAAUCAGACUUCUUCUCAGAGACCCACUUUAUUCAGUUCUGUACAUACGGGGACAACGGUCCAAGCCCAACCCACCUUAGCAUGUAUCACUCUGUGGAGAAUAAAGCACCCUAUGUACACAGCCAAAA